CAAGGAGGACGUUGAAACCAGAUUCACAUGGCCCCCCCUCCCCUUCCUUCCUACUUUCAAGUCCCAAGUGUGAAGUUGCCAUAAUUUUCGCUCUAAUUAAAAAAAAAGCAAAAUAAUAAUAAUAUUUAGUUUACUUUUCUGCAAAUUGAAGGGACGCACGAUUUUUAGUGGCAAACUCACAGCUCUCUCUUCUUCCUUUCCCUCAAGAUCUAAAUCUAAAAAUAAAAAUCUUUACUUUUUCGGGAAAAAAUUGUUCAUCAUUCUUCAUUGUUUCGAGAAGAAGAAGAAAAAAAAAACGAAAAUUCACAUUGUUGAGGGGGAAGUUAAAAAAAAAGAAAGAAAGAUGUUUAGAUCAUCGCCAAGAAGAGGACAGAGAUCAAAGGGGUUCAAGGUGAAGCAUUGUGUGCAGCUGACGCUGUUGCUGGGUGUUGGGAUAUGGUUGCUUUAUCAAGUGAAGCAUUCUCAUGAGAAGAAAGAUCUGUUUGAGACUAGCGCAAAGGCUGUUGUUGGAGGUGAGAAAGCCGUGAAGCUCGGGAGGAAAGAUCUUAACCCGGGCGUUGUCGUUGAGGAUGAAGCUGCUGUGAAUGUUGAUAGGGGUUUUAAUGAUAGAGAGAUUCAGACAAGAGAUGAGGUUGUAGAGGGAGGAGGUGAUGAGAAUAAGGAGAAGGAAAGUGAAGAAAGCAGCGAGGUUGAGGCUAAGAAUGACAAUGGCAGUUCAGAAGAAAGCGAGACUGAGGAGAAGAAAGACAAUGCCAAUACGGAAGAGAAUGAGCAAAGCAAAGAGAAGAGUGGUACAGAAGAGAGUGAGAUUGAGGAGAAGAAGGACAAUGGUGGUGGUACAGAAGAAAGUGAAGAGAAGAGUGGUACUACGGAAGAAAGUGAAACUGAGGAGAAGAAAGACAAUGGUGGUACAGAAGAGAGGGAGAUUGAGGAGAAGAAAGACAAUGGCGGUAGUGAAGAGAGUGAGGAGAGCAAAGAGAAGGGUGAUGCAGAAGAGAAAAUAGAGGAAGUGACUGAUGAGAAUGAAGGGAAGGAGAAGAAGGAUAGUGAAGAAGCCAGAGAGAAUAAUUACAAGGGAGAUGAUGCUUCUAGUGAGGUGGUUCAUGAGAAGGCAGAUGAGAAGGUGCAAGUGGAAGAAGAUAAAACCGGAGAACCGGAAGACACUGUUAUUAAGAGUGUUUUGCCGACUGAUAAUGAGGGAAGCAGCAGUGAUGAGAAGAACACUGGUAAUGAUUCGGAUUCCUCUAGUGAAAUUAAAUCUGAGGGUGAAUCCAUGGAGAAGAAUGAGAGGGUGGAGAAUGAAGGGUUCAAUGAUUCUAAUGGCGACCUGGCUGAGUCCAAAGAAUCUUCUGGGAAGGAGGAUGGGUCAGAGUCUAGUGUGAAGACAGACGAGAAAGAGAAAGUAGAAUCUUCCGAAGUCUCAUCUCAAGACAAGGAAGCGGAGACAAAGGAGAAAGAAGAGUCUUUGUCCCAAGAGGAACUUAAAGAUAGAGUAGCUGAGGGAAAGGAGAAAGAUGAGUCUUCGUCUCAAGAGGAAACUAAAGACAAAGAGACGGAGGAGAAAAAGGAGAAAGAAGAGUCUUCAUCGCAAGAGGAAUCUAAAGACAAGGAAACCGAGACCAAAGAUAAGGAAGAGUCUUCGUCUCAAGAGGAAACUAAAGAUGGAGAAACUGAGACAAAGGAGAAAGUAGAAGAGUCUUCGUCUCAACAGGAACCUAAAGACAAGGAAAUUGAGACAAAGGAGAAAGUAGAAGAAUCCAAAGAUGGAGAGACUGAGACAAAGGAGAAAGAAGAGCCUUCAUCUCAGGGUGAAUCUAAAGAUGGAGAAACUGAGACAAAGGAGAAGGAAGAGUCUUCGUCUCAAGAGGAAUCUAAAGACAAGGAAGCGGAGACAAAAGAGAAAGAAAAAGAGUCUUCGUCCCAAGAGAAAAGUGAAGAAGACAAGGGAAGUGAAAAAGUUGAGAAAGAAGAAGAGCCUUCGUCCCAAGAGGAAACUAAAGACAAAGAAACUGAGACAAAAGAGAAAGAAGAAGAGUCCUUGUCCCAAGAGAAGAAGGAAAACAAUGAAACCGAGAAAACUGUGAAGGAGGAUGAAUCUUCUUCACAAGAGGAAACUAAAGACAAGGAUUCUGAAACAAAGUUGAAAGAAGAGUCUUCUUCCCAAGAGGAAACUGAGACAAAGGAGAAAGAAGAUCCUUCGUCUCAAGAGGAAACUAAAGAGAAAGAAGUGGAGACAAAGGAGAAAGAAGAGUCUUCAUCCAACAAUGAUUCACAGGGAAAUGAAAGUACUGAGAGUGAGAAGAAGGAAGGAGUUGAGGAAACAGAGAAGACGAAGACUGAGGAAGACACGAGUGAAACUAGCAAAGAAAAUGGCAAUACUGAGACUGAACAAAAGCAACCAGAGGAGGAUACUACACAAACAGAGUCAGAGAAAGAGGAAAGCAACAAGAAUGGUGGUGAGACUGAGAACGAUCAACAACAUUCUGACAAUAGUCUUCCUCAAGAAGUAAAUGAUGUUCGUACUGAUCUUGAAACUCUUCCAGAUUCUGGUAAUGGAGGAAACAGUGAUAACGUUGCUGCUGAGUAGAUCAAAUUCUCUCUAAAUUUUUGAAUUUGUGUCAUGUAAUCUGUUGUAACUUUUCUUUUACACAUAUGGGCUGUAGUCACAUUUAUUUUAUUGUUUUCUAAGUUGUCUUUAGAAUCAAAUUCUUGAGACUUCAUUAUCAAUGGGGAUUAAACGUUUUUGUUGUAAGAAGAAUUUGUUGGCUC